GAAUUAAUUUUAUUUAACUUAAUUACUAAACUACCUCUUUUAAAAGAACUAGUUAUAAGGGUACUUUACGAUAGUAUCUUUAUAAUAGUUAAUAAACUUACGAAAAUAGCCUACUUUAUACUUUUUAAAAAAGCUAGUAAUGUAAAAGAACUAGCUUAUAUAAUAAUAAGAUAUAUUAUAAGCAGCUAUAGAUUACUGGGAAAUAUAAUCUUUAAC